CGGUUUGGAUUUAAAAGGCGUUUUAUCAUCCGAUGUUUGAAGCACAUGGUGCAGAAAAGACGUCAAAAUAAGUGCCCUUUUUUAAUCCUUUAAUAAGUUACCUUGCACAAUUGUAUUUCACAUAACUUUGCCGUUUUUCAAUGAAAAUUCCUCAUUUCUUUAAAAGAUUAAAAUUUAAUUAAUAGAAUGAAUUCCUUAAGAUAAAUUUUUAGGAGUUUAUUUACUCCUUGUGGUUGUUGAAAAAAUACGUGUAUAAAAAAAGAUACGGCGAUUUUCGGUAGAUCCCGAAGGGGAAUAUGCAAUGUGCCCCCUUUACGGUUCUGGCUACCUACCUAGGUUAAUACCGUCUGCGCCGGAGCUUAUGGUCCUCGCCCCAAUUGCUGCAUAGUCGGAUGUGUGCACUUACUUAGAUCUGCGGGGGGGGAACCCGGGCGUCCUGCUUUUAAACUACGGAUAGUUCUAUUCACGGCGGAUGACUCUUGUAGUUAUACUCUUGACGAUUGAUACGUUUUAGAGUUCCAUCAUGCCGCCAACGCGCGGUCAUGAUUACUUCCUCGGUCUCCCCUUGGAGAUCCAUUGGUGGAUAUUGCGAUAUCUUGGCGUUCGUGAUCAGGCCUCGGCCUUGCAGACGUGUCGAAAAGCGCGGGGGAUUGUAGAGCCGCUACUUUACCGUAGAGUGUUCACCAAGGCCGGCACGGAUCAUGAUACCGGUGGGCUGGUUGAGUUUCUGCUUAAGCGGCCUUAUAUCGUCGGCGCGGUACGCUUUCUCGUCCUCGACGAGUUCGACCCGGUUGCGUACCGGCAGCUCAUGGGCAUCAAGUUCCCAAAUCUCGAAAGCAUCAUUGUGCAGCACGGCGGUGAACCCCCGAGUAUCGAGGACGAGAAGAGGUGGUCCUUGAACCAGCUCGUUAAGGAGCAGCCCAAUUUGAAGAGUUUGACCUUCUCGAUUGAGAGGGGGAAUUGGGCAGCUUUCAAACUCGAGGAGGAUGACGCUGUGUUGUUUCGGCAUAGAAAACUGCGGCGUGUGCGGUUUUCUUAUAUCGACUUCUCCGCAUUUGGUAAGCUGGAUGUGGACUAUUUCCAGCAUGCCGAUUUAAAGGGGCUAUUCAUCGAAUUAUGUUGGUAUGACCACGAAGCGUUGAAUCAACUUUUAUCUCCGACGACCAGACUACAGAAUCUCUUGAUUAGCCAUAACGAUCAAUUGCCAUUCUCAGAGAGGCUCUAUCCUAGCUUAUUAGCCCCGGCUCAGGAGAGCUUGCGGAUACUGGACUUUACUUGGCGAUGGAAGCUUCCUCUCGAGGAUCAAGGCGUGGAUUUGACUCGGUUCCAAAACCUGCAUUUCCUUCGAAUCCCCCCUAUUUAUCUCCUCGGCAGCGCAUACAUGGACGAUUCCGCAUUGCCGGAGCUCAUCCCGACGAGAUUCCCCCCGAAUUUAAAGAUGCUUCUCCUCGAGAAUAUCGUGCCCCGUUCCAUCCGAGUCAUGAACGAACGGGGCAUCGUUUUCCCCGGAUACCCACCGCCGGGGAAUACUCUGGAGUUAACACUCCGGCCGCGGGAUUACCAACUCGUCCGGUUCCUAAUCGCCGAGAAGCACCGUGUAUUACCCCGACUCAAGUACGUUCUCAUGUACUAUAUGGAAUUCAUGCAGGAUUUCUUGGACUUCUAUCCGUUGGUUAAGGAGAACGGGGCCGGGCCGGGUCCUGUGUUGACUACCGAUUACCUGAACCCCUUGUUAGAUUGGUUAGACGAGCUCUGAGAGGCGGAGGAUACGAGGGUAGCGAGGACCGAACCGAGAAAGUAGAUUGUUCAACGUUUAUACUGUAAUUAGUAUUCAUAUGUAAAUAUGUGAUGGAUUCAAGUAUUUAGUUCUCCGUGGAGCCGGUUAGCUUGGAAUUAUGUAAGGACAUUACUAUUUAAACCUUGUCUUGUUCACAAUUGACUCCUAUCCGUGGGUACCUUAGAUAUACUAUACCUCGGAAUAAUUAGUAAUCAUUAGACUCUGAAU